UUAAAGGUUUCCAUGAACGCUGUUUGACUGUGCGGAUUAGUCAGCCAAUUCAGGAGUAAAAAGGCCGAACGGAGCCGAUUGGCUCAAGAGCGCCCAGGCGGGGACACAAAACUAGUUCGCGUGAAUGGAACGCUCAGAGUGAGAAUCGAAUACGCAGACGACACAUCCAAUCGAGACAAGAUGUGGCAACAUAUACAAACUACCAUGAUGGUACGGUUACAGACUUUCCUUGUGAGUUCCUUUCAUAUUUGUUUGGUGAUAAGCGUGAUACACAACGAUGACAACACGACGAAGCAACCGUUAGACCGGACGGGACACUAUACCUCCAAAGUGACUCGUUGGGCGGACGCAGCCUAUAGAUAUGUCCAUAGCAUUGACUGCUCCGAAGUGUUCUUCACCACAACGAAAGAGUGUCAGUACGUGACAUCUCUGGAUAAAUCUCAAAUGAACAUUUAUAUUGCCGAGCCAACCAGUUUAGGACGCUACGACUCCGUAUUGCCAGACGGGGGACUGUCCAAGGCGGGGAGUCACGACGCCGUCCUUGUCGUCGAUCCGUACCCCGAUGCCAAUUUCGGACACUUGGUGACCGUGUUUUUCGUGGAUUUAAGAAUCACUAAAAUGGUGUGCGAAGUAGAAGGAGGGCAAUAUUUAGGUUAUGGUGAAUGUUUAACAUUGGCAAUAAAGAAACGAUGUAAAAAUGCCUUAGAACGUCGCAAGCGGCGGAGAAACUUUGCCAAAAGAUGCGAGAUCAACUUCCUGCCGCACGUGAGUCUACCGGAAGACCCGGAUGCAAAACAACAUCUCGUCUGCCGCGAUAACAUCCCCGGUUUUGCAUCAUGCCCCACCUAUCGACCUUUGAAUGAGACUUCAGGAAUCAUAUGUAAUCCUUUGAGAGACAAUACAAAGCGAUGCGAGACUACGCACGAGACCAUCCAUACCAGCUGUCGGGUAUUUGAGAUCUGUGACCAGGCUGUCAUGCUGUCUGGCGGCUGGACUAGAGAGGCUAGCCUUCCGAGACAUCGGGAAAAUAUCGAUGAUAUGUACAAUAUGUUCCGAAGGCAUGGUUUCAAGAAAAAGAAUAUCAAGGUUUUCUUUGCGAACGGAGCAGUGAACACAGGCAAUACAGAAACCCACGAAAUCCACCCCUCGGCCUUCAAGUUCGCCCUGCGGUACCACCUCCAGAAGAUGUGCACGUCCCUGCACUGUGUGGACUCCCUAGUCUUCUACAUGAACAGCCCGGCGAGGACGGACGGCACGAGUCUACUUUGGGACAUGGAUGGCAUUACCAACUUUCGCUACCAUCGGGUAGUGCGCAGGCGCGGCCAUGACGCUACCGCGACGUCCAGCUAUGAACCAUGGGAAAAUGAAAUCACAGUUUUGGCCUUCACUGGGAAUGUAACCUUCACUCCUUGUCCUUUCUUGUCAAGUCUGUACCACCAGUUUUCAGAUGGCAUUGCGAGUGAGAAGGAGAAAUACACGUUAGCAGAGCUGAUGUCAGACAUCGAGGACUGUGCCGCCCGGCAAGUCCAUCUGAUAAUCGACCAGAGUUACUCCGGCGAAAUUGCCCGAGCCAUCAAAGCAUCCAAAAAACAUAAAAAUGUGCUCGUCUACGCGAGUAGCAAGGAUUCGGAAUACUCGUACGGAGACGAGUUCACUCAACAUUGGGCCAACUUCAACCAUACGCACAAAUGUUCAAAAUCAGUACAGAAGGCCAGCGAGAAGGUUAUGACCCGCUCACGCCCCAUAAUGGGCGAGGGAGAGGAAGGCAACAUCAAAUCCACCAUAUUUGGCGCACCGUGUGACGUGGUGCCGCCGUUUACGACCAAGGAGUUGCGACAGGACUAUUUCGGGUGUCAGAACCUCCCAACCGCUCUUUGGCUCAUCAAGUUCAUAGAUGAACAGGAACCACCAGCGGCCCCAACGAUUUAAGACUUUUUGCUUUCGGAAAAUGUGUUAAAUUAUGUGCAAAAUAGACAUUUAUGUCACAACUGAGACAAUAAUGGUCAAACAGACAUACUGUCACAACCAGAGACGAUAUUCGCCAAAAGAAUAUGCGAAUAGAUGGUUUUAACGUCGUAUGUAAGGUAACCUCACCUACACUCCGGACGCAGUGGACCGGCCUCGUCAUGUCGCCCCGUACAUCGGGGAAGGAUGAUCAGGAUGACGAAAUAGACUGCAUGACAGUCUAAACCUCACCUAGCAUCUUUGAAAGAGCGUCGUCCCAUUUCGAUGAGCAUAGCGAUAUCAGCCUGAACUGGUGGUGGUCACCUGAAUUGGGGGUCGUGCUUGGUUUGUUGAAGGCGCAAAAGACUAAACGAGUGACACUGGGACAUCAGCUUUGCUCUGGCGAGAGCGGUCAGAAAGAUCUAUUCUAUAAGUUUGUACAACAUCCCAGAUAGCAAAAUGUAUGGGCAUGUAUGGGCAGCCAUAUGGGUACCCAUGUGGCCAAUUAACUUGGGUACCAAGUGGGGAAAUGUGGGCCCCACCUUUACUAUCCUCGAGCCCAAAGUAGUGCUUCUGAAUAAAAAUCCCUUUACUGCGCAAGUUUUCACCAGCAACCCCUGGCUGAGAUAAGUUGGACACUCACCUCUCUACAGGGUGUAAGGGGUCGAUCUGGAGAGGGCCGUGAUGUCAUCACUGGCAAACCACAACGACCAACCUGCGAAAAGAUUUAGGGUCUGAUAUUUCUGUGAUGUUUUAUGCCCAUGGUUUGCAUUCUGAAACACUUAAAUUCAUUUUGAGUCUAGUAACCAAAAUCAGUCAAUCAACUUACACUUCCUUCGCACUUGUUUGGUUAAUAUCGCCCUAAUCUUUAUUUUCAUUAAUUGAUUUUGAGCAUAAUAAUUACAACCUAAUUAAUAUAACACAUAGUUGACCUGAACAAUCAGCCCAGGUUGGCCAUGUGAUAUCCCAUCUACCCACUUAGUCCCAUACAUAUACCCAUUCAUUGCUAUCUGGGACACUCCACGCAGUAAUACUAUUGUGAGGUGUGGUUAAUAUAGGCGAACGGUCUUGAAUCUCAAUCAAGUUGUGUCCUCACUAUAUCUAUGUAGAUUCUCACCAUUGCCUUGGUGCUCGAAGCUGUAAAUAUUAUACAAGUCUAAUAAAGUAUGUGGUAUUUGUAUGUACAUAGUGA